UACAGUCUUACUCAUAAUUGUUUAUUUUGUUUUCAAAAUAUACAUAUCCUUUAUUAGAAGAAAGUGUUCGAAAUUAUAGAUACAUAUAACUCAAUAAAUUAAUGUUUAUUUUUAAUAAAAGCUAUUAAAGCGAUUAGUAAUGUUAGCUUCAUUAAAAAAAAGGUUGGCAUGGGCUAAAUUAGCAAAAUGCCAAGAAAAUCUAACGAAUCAACCGUACGUUAUAUUACCAGCUUUUAUUGGUUUAUUUGAAGAUAUAAUUCUAUGGAAACAAAUUUGGCUGUCCGUAUCAUUUAUAAUAAUCAAGAGCGUAAUAUUUUUAGUAUGUGUAUACCACCAAAUAAAUUUUAUAAAAUUUAUGAUAUGCCUGUGCAUCACAUUGCUUUGUUUGGAUGGAUUUGAAGCUUGGUUAAAAUACAAACACAGAACUGCGUGUUUGGAAAGACUUUCAACAUACAAUGGAAAAAAAAUAAUAUUAGCCACAAAACAGUUAAAAGAUUGGUUUGUAAAUAAAUGGUGUGAAUUCAUUUAUAUAAGGCAAACUAAUCAUACCAAAGCAUUUUUGCUGGCCAACAUAAUACUGGGAUGCAUUUUCUUCAUUGGAAAGUAUGUAAAUGGUUACAUGCUAAUAUAUUCAAUGUGUUUGUUUGUGUGUCUUUCACACAAAGUUAUAUAUCCAGUUAUAAAAAUCUUCAAAAAUAUUCAACAGGAUUUAGAGUCUGAGAGCGAGCUUGAGGGUCUAAUUCCUGAAAUAUCAGAUGUUGAUAUACAACUAUUGACGAUUGAAGCUGAACAACAAAUUGAUGAAAAGCAAAGUUAUGAUUAUUGGAAACCAGAAGAUAUUCCACUUGAAGAAGCAAGCGAUAGCUCUGAAAACAGCAGUCUUGUUACAAGUUUCUCUGUUGAUAAAAUAAACACACUAGAAAAGGAUAUUGAAACAUCAGACUCCAGUGAAGAUGAAUAUAUACCUCUAGUUUAUUAUAACUGUUUAGAUCCACAACUACAGACAACCUUGGAAGUAUCCGAACCAAACACAUGGACCAACAGUGCUUAUAAUACAUUAUGGAAUUUUACUGGUGCUUUAAGUAAUAUGAUGAAGACCACAAACGAAGCAACAAGAAAACGAAUGUCAAGUAAAGAUUCAUCAGAUGGAUUUGAAAUUAUUGAUAAAAAUGAAUUCACUUAGUUAUUAAUUGGUUUACUUAAUCUUUGAAAC